AUGCCGGAGCCGCUGAAUCUUUCUCCUGCUCCGGCUGCUGAGGGGCAAUAUCGAGACGACGCAAGUAUCUAUGAGAUGGACGAUAAUACGAACAGUCAGACUGCCAGCGCGGGCGCCGGCGUGAAUGCGUCGGCGAAUAGCAACAUACGAGACCACGACGACGUGCCAGCUGCGAUGCGUGGCAUGGGUAUCGCCAGACAUACACUGGGACUUAUACUAUUACUGAUCGUAGUGUUCCUAUGGACCACGAGUAACUUCCUAGGGAGCUCAAUAUUCGCGGAUGGAACAUACGCCAAACCUUUCUUCCUCACUUACCUCAAUGGCUCAACCUUCAUGCUUGCCAUUGUGCCCUCUUUAACACGGAAUUUCUGGACAGUAUGGCGCAGUGGACAGUGGCACGCGUCGCUCGCGGAAGUGAAGAGAAAAUACAGGCGCGGAGGCUGGCGUGCAGUCACCAGUGACCCCGGGGUGGGUUUCAACCCGCCUGGAGGUACACCGCCAUCUAAGGACUUGGAGGAUGAUGAUGAUGGAGGCGAAGGCGAAGGGCUCCUGGGCGGCGACGAGGAUGAGGACAACUCGCUUCGUUCCCAACGACACUCUCUGUCUAAGGCCACUCGCAAACGAACUCACCUGGCCCUCAUCCCGACCGCUAAACUUGCCUUCUACUUUUGCCUCCUCUGGUUCGGCGCCAAUUACUUUGCCAUGGCAUGUCUGAAAUACACCACCGUCGCCUCCACCACCAUCCUAACUUCUACCUCUUCCGUCUGGACCCUCCUCAUCGGCGCCGUCACGCGCACCGAAAAGUUCACGUGGCGCAAGCUCGCCGGAGUGCUGGCCUCCCUAGGCGGGAUAGCGCUCAUCAGCAAGAUCGACAUGGGAAACGCCUCCGACGCUUCCAGCUCGACUGACAGCGAUACCGCAGAGCGCUCCCUCCACCUGCUGAUCCGUGCUGUGAAAGAAUUUCCCGACAAGACGGCCCGCGAGCUCGCCCUUGGCGACGCCCUGGCCCUUCUCUCCGCUGUGCUGUACGGCGUUUACACGGUAAUGCUCAAACAGACGACGCUAUCUGCCGCGCCACUCGAGCUCAACAUGCCUUUAUUCUUCGGCCUAGUCGGAGCCUGGAACUUCAUCCUCUUGCUACCCCUGUUUCCAGUCCUGCACUGGAUCGGCAUCGAGACUUUCGAGCUGCCACCCACCAGCCGCAUCUGGUGGAUUCUGGUCCUUAACAGCGUGGCCGCGCUGGCGUCUGACAUUGCUUGGGCGUACGCCAUGGUGCUGACGAGCCCGCUGGUCGUCACGGUGGGGCUAAGCCUGACGAUUCCAUUGAGUCUGGUGGGCGAGAUGCUGAUACAGGGGCGGUACGAGGGGUGGUUGUAUUGGGUUGGAGCCGGCAUUGUGGUGGGGAGUUUCGUGUUUGUGGAUAGAGAGGAGAGGGAGGACGAGGGGAAGGUGGAGAGGGAGGCUGAGCAGCGACGGUCAAUUGAGCAAAGACGGUCGGUGGAAGGGGUUUGA